AUGAUUGCUUUGCUUUUUGUUCUAGGCACAGUGAGCUGCACGUUAUUCCUGGCGGUUAAUGGUUUAUAUUCAGCCAGUGAUGAUGUGGUAGAGCUAACACCAACUAACUUCAACAAGGAGGUCAUUCAGAGUGAGAGCCUGUGGCUCGUGGAGUUCUAUGCCCCAUGGUGUGGUCAUUGUCAAAGACUAACCCCUGAGUGGAAGAAAGCAGCAACAGCAUUAAAAGGUGUAGUGAAAGUAGGUGCAGUAGAUGCAGAUAAGCAUCAGUCCUUGGGUGGACAGUAUGGAGUCAGAGGGUUUCCAACUAUCAAGAUAUUUGGAGCCAACAAAAACAAAGCAGAAGAUUAUCAGGGUGGCAGGACAAGUGAUGCCAUUGUCGAUGCUGCUCUAAGUGCUCUUCGGUCCCUGGUGAAAGACCGUCUUAGUGGCAGAAGUGGAGGAUACAGUUCUGGGAAACAGAGCCGAGAGAGCGGAGGUGGAGAUAAGAAGGAUGUGAUUGAGCUGACUGAUGACAGCUUUGAUAAGAACGUCAUAAAUAGUGACGAUGUGUGGAUGGUGGAGUUUUAUGCCCCAUGGUGUGGGCACUGCAAAAACCUGGAGCCAGAAUGGGCAGCUGCUGCCACUGAGGUGAAGGAACAAACAAAGGGAAAAGUAAAACUGGCUGCAGUAGAUGCAACAGUCAAUCAGAUGCUGGCAGGCCGAUACGGGAUUCGUGGAUUUCCCACAAUUAAAAUCUUCCAGAAGGGAGAAGACCCUGUUGAUUAUGAUGGUGGCAGAACUAGAUCUGAUAUCAUUGCUCGUGCUCUGGAUCUGUUUUCUGAUAAUGCCCCACCACCUGAGCUCCUGGAGAUAAUUGGUGAAGAUGUUCUGAAGAGUACGUGUGAUGCUCAUCAGCUCUGCAUCAUUUCUGUCCUGCCUCAUAUUCUUGACACAGGAGCUUCAGGGAGGAAUUCUUACCUGGAUGUCAUGUUAAAAAUGGCUGAAAAAUACAAAAAGAAAAUGUGGGGGUGGCUGUGGACAGAAGCAGGUGCUCAGUCAGAUCUUGAGAGCUCUUUGGGGAUUGGAGGCUUUGGGUAUCCAGCAAUGGCAGCUAUUAAUGCUCGGAAGAUGAAAUUUGCCCUUCUGAAAGGAUCUUUCAGUGAGCAAGGGAUUAAUGAGUUUCUCAGGGAACUGUCUGUUGGUCGUGGCUCUACAGCACCAGUGGGUGGUGGAGCUUUCCCUAAAAUUCAUUCAGUUGAACCCUGGGAUGGCAAAGAUGGUGAGCUUCCGGUUGAAGAUGAUAUUGAUCUCAGUGAUGUGGAUCUGGAUGACUGGGAUAAAGAUGAGCUGUGAGAUCUUCAGGAAUCUUCUUUUCUUGGGAGAGUUUGCGCAGCAGUUUGCAACCUGGUUCACAAUCAGAUGGGUAUUCCAGUGGCCUUUUUAUGGAGAAAUAGCAUGUGACACACCGUGCUGUUUGAUGCACUGCAGCAGUGAACUGUACGCAUCUCAAGAAAACAUUGCAGAAAUUCUAUGAAUUGUCAAUAACCAGUAAACUUGAUUGUAUUCUGUGUAACAAAUAUUUUGAGGACAACAUGGAUAUUUCUUUGGAACAUCUUUGUUUUUAUUUUGUUGAUAGUGUGCUGUUUGAGUGUUACUGGAGGCUGUUAGUGUAACCAAUUUCAAAUGUGAUAUUUUUCAUGGAGGUGGAACCUGGUCAGCUUCUGUUUUAAUUAAAGAAUAAAACAAAAUAUUUUUGACACAGUGUUAGUCUUGUAUAGAGUAACAAAGGUGCACAUGAUAAAAGCUAUCCCAUUUUGGAUGACUCUUGAAAAAUGAACUGUAGAAUAGAGAGGUAGGUGCAGAGGGGAGUCCUACACCACCCCCUUGCUGUGAACGAUCUUGACAGUUUGGCCUAAAGCCUGAUUAGAUGGACAAUCUUAGUUUAAAUGCUCUUUAGUCUUCCUUUUCCUAUUCCUUCUCAGGGGCUUUCUCUUUCUUUGUGCCAGACUUUGUAAGAUCAUUAACGCAAGGGAAGUGGGGUUGCUGCUGCAAUGGGAGACACGGGAGCUCUUGGUCUUUUCCCCAGGAUUAGCAGUGAAGCUAAUCCCCAUUUUAGGGCAUGAGGAUUUCCAGGUGCUAACAGAAAAACGCCACGAUGCUGUCUCCAGCAAAUUGGAUCUAAUAUUUCUUCACUUCCCAUCUGGCAUUGUUUUGAUUUGAAAUUGCCAUUUCCUUGGAAGGGGAAUCAGGAAUGGGGAUGGCUGCUGCUGCUUUUUUAAUAAAAAUACUAUUCUAUUUUGUUGCUCUCCA